AUGACGGCAACGUUAGGGAUCCUUGUCUUGCUAGGGAGUGUUCCUGUCUGUCUGUGUGUCUACGCCGAGACUUUGUACGGCUGGGUACGGGGGCGUGUCACACCGGAAGCUAUCGUGUUCCUCGGAAUACCCUAUGCUUCACCACCGGAAAGAUGGGAACACUCCCAGCCCCCUCCCCGUUGGGUCGGUGUGUGGGAUGCGACCCAGCCCCGCCCUAUGUGUAUGCAGCCCGAGUGUGGGGCUGAUACACCCCCCGGGAUGUGCCUUUCACAGAUGUCGGAGGAUUGUCUCUACUUGAAUGUUUUUGUCCCCCUGGAUGCCCGUCCCGGGGGUAACAAGUCUGUGAUGGUCUUCAUCCACGGGGGAGCUUUUGAAUCGUACACCGGCGGCGCCGAAAUAUAUAACGGGGAACGCUUCGUAAACAAGGGUGACGUCAUACUCGUCACCUUCAACUAUAGAUUGGGGGCUUUGGGGUUCCUGGUAACCGGAAGUGAACCCGGGACCGCCGUUGGUAACUACGGGAUACGAGACCAGAGGCUUGCUAUGGAAUGGGUCAAUGGGAAUAUUCAGAACUUUGGAGGAGACCCUGGACAGGUCACGUUAUUCGGACAAAGUGCCGGUGCUACCUCAACCGCCAUCCACCUCACUUCCGGCAAUGCGGAACGUCUGUUCCAGAGGGCAAUUCUUCAGAGUGUACCGUUCAGCAUUCCGUUUAAAACGUAUGAGCAAGCUCUAGCGCAAGGCAAGAGCUUCAGUGCGGCUUUAAAUUGUUCACCUCAGGAUAAGGAGUGUCUGAAACAAAAAUCCCCUGUGGAAAUAAUUGACGCUCAGAAAAAGACGUCGACCUCGACCGGAACUCUCCUGCAGCGCUUCAUGCCCUGGAUACCACAUCUAGACGGAAACGAGGUUCCCCUUGACUUGCAAUCGGCGUUUGAGAAAGGGGUAUUCGUGAGAAAGCCUGUGGUUCUCGGUACAACAGCCAAUGAAGGCACGUCUUACAUAUACAGGUCAUUUCGGGCACCUCUCAGCAGAGGUGCGUUUUCGGCUUUGUUAUUGUUGCUGAAACCAAGAGACGCGAUGAAUCUGUUUUUAAGAUAUUAUCCAAGGAACAUGGCGGACGCACGUGAAGAAUUCUCACAACUAGCGACAGAUCUAGUUUUUACAUGCCCCACAAGAAAAAUCGCGAGGGAUCUCGAACGACGAAAUACUACAUGGCUGUACGUGUUUGACCAUUCCUGGAGAUUUCUCAACAGGAGCCGAUUUAUGCCUUACUGCAGAGACAAGGCAUGUCAUGCCGCUGAAAUACCGUUUUUGUUCCAGUCGUUACAUCGGGGUGGAUUUCAGCUAUCUAUGGAAGAACAACAAGUGGCAGAUGAACUUUUAAUUUAUUGGACAAAUUUUGCAAAGUACGAAAAUCCGAACGGCGACCAGACACAAGAAGACGUACAAAAUAGAACCUUGUCUUGGCCCACAUAUUCUUCCAGAGGUCCAUUUAGAUUUGCCGGUAUGGUUUUCUCUCAGCCUCGAUCUCAAGUUGAACUGGAUUAUUUUGGAGUAGUCUGUAACGCUUUUGACCAAAAUGAUUUCCGUGCAAAGUGAUGUAUGUAAAUCGGUGUAUAAUUUAUAUUAUGUGUUAUGUUUAAUACAGGAGUAGCUUAUUACCAAAGUUAAAUUAUUUCUAUUGUGUAAAUAAUGUCAUUAUUGUGUACACAAUGGGUUAUGACUGUUAUUGUCAUGCAAAGCAAACCGAUAAAGGAAAGUUAAGUUAGAGAAAAUUGAAAUCAAAUGAUCGUUUUUAUGUGAUUUGUGAAAAAAAAGAUGAAUAGAAAAUGUCAUUUAGUUAUCUUUCCUCGAGUCUUUAUAUACGGUAGAUCUACAUGUGCAUGUACUUAAUAAUUGAUAUGUAAAACAGAAAGAAAAGGAAAGAAAGCGAGGGAAGAAGUGAAAAGGGAGAUCGGAAGAGGGAUGUUCUGGUUGCAUUGGUUGUCCACUAAAUUGUUUCAAACCUUUACGAUUGUUUGAGUACCGUUCCGUCAGUAUAAUUCGAUAACUAAUUGAUAGAAUGAAACUUGAAUGAAUGUGUUCUAUGUCAAUAUGAGCUGCAGUGAUUCAUGAAAUUGUGAAACACAGGUAUGGCAAUCACAAGAAAGCGUAAACACGUAUACUUGUACGGCACGCAUACCGACCGCUGUUUGUCGUCUUGCCGACACAAGUGUAUUGUAUAGAAUGUGGUUUUGAUUGCAAUAACGACCUGUCGAUAGACAGUGAUGGUCGUUUUGUUGUUGGUCAGCAAGGCCAUGACCCCAAUAAGGGUAACGUGACAGGGUCAGACCAAUAUAUCCUGGGGCCAUCUACAUUGAGCACGCGCGUAGGAGUUUCAUUGACCAGUUAUGAUAUACCGUAUAUCAAUCUUUCCUGACAUUUGUUUUUCUUUUAUAUUUCAAUUCCUACUUAUGUAAGUCUCCUUAAAACUACCAAAUCUUGUCUGUUACGUCUGCCCAUAAAAUUGACCAGAUUAAUAUUUCCUGUGCGUAUGAAUACAUG